GUUUAUUACUCAGUCGGAUCCUUGGUUAUAUACAGGGAAUCAGUUAGAGUUGCCCUAACAACCAAACGUGGUGCUUUCGGUUUCCCCGAAGCAAUCUCUGUGCUUUCUUUUCUUUCCCCGUGCGUGCUGCCCCUGCAAUCAUGCGGCAGCCGGCAUGUUAUUCUUUCCGGGGAGACUGCUCUCUGCCUGCUCGCCAUCAUCACAGCGCUGCAAAGCCCUUUUGCCGCUAAUCACAGCGGCAGGCAGGCAACAAGAUUCCUAAUCUCAUUCUCCAUCCCCCAUCGGGUCGUCAACCGGUUUACCCACUCCAGCUCUCGGUGUCCCGCGUGUGCUUGGCGCCUCGGAAACCAAACCAGCACAGGUCACUCGCGGCGGUGGUUCGGCCGCCCCUUUCGCUGGCGCGUGCGCGAGCACGACGGGACGCCGCUAGCUGCCGCGGCCAACAGCGGAGAGACGCACAUUAUUAUUUUGGCGCUGCCCGGCUACCUCCCGCCACUGCCACUGCCACCACCCCACGUUUCCCUCCAAGGCUCCAGCGGUCCGGUCCAGCCCCAUGUGCCUGGCCUCAUCUUCUUCCUUCCGCCUCCAUUCACAGUUCACACACACGCCUCGCCGCCGCCACUGCUCACUAUACUAUUGCGCUGCUGCCGACACGGCACCCCGGGCCACCCACUUUCCGCGUCGCUGCUGCUCCGCCGAUACCGCGGUGCCUGCCAGCCAGCCAGCCAGCCGAUCGAUCUGUAGGCCAAAGCAUAGCAGAGAGCACCUAAUUUAGUCUUGCAAGUCAGCCGAGGCCGCGGUGCCCCCAAGUACACGAUCUGAUCCUCCCUUUUCCCUCCUCCGCCCGCCACCCUGAGCUCGAGCUGUACUGCCCCCCGCCGCCGGCCAAUCAUCGCGUGGCCACGGGAAAAUCUCCGUACCCACCGUGGGGGCGGACGCGCUGGUCAGAGCGAAUGAGAAGGAAUGUGACGAGAUCGGCCGUCCCCAUUUCUUUAUCGUCGGGGACCCAGCGCCCCUGAGCUGUCAUGGCGUAAGGAUCAGAAAUCAAAUCCCCCGCUGAAAUCCAUGCAAGCAACCCCCAUCCUUCUUCGUGGUGGCCCUGAGUAUCUUAUAGGCCAAGCUCCUGUCAGCAGCGGCAGCACAGCACGAGCGUUUGCGUACUGUGCAAGUGCAAGCAAGCGAGCUUCGUGCUUGCAAGCUCAGCUCAGCUCCACUGCCCGCUUCCUCCACUCCACCACCACCCGAUGGCUCGCGGGCUCGCGGCGCUGCUGGCGCUGCUAGUGUCGGCGUCGGUGUCAUUGCCGGCCGCCGCAGCGCCGGCGGACCAGGAGGGCGACCGGAUCCGGGAGCUCCCGGGGCAGCCGCCCAACGUGGACUUCUCGCACUACUCGGGCUACGUCACGGUCAACCAGGCCCGCGGCCGCGCGCUCUUCUACUGGCUCGUCGAGGCGGCGCCGGCGGCCGGGCCCGUCGCGCCGCUCGUCCUCUGGCUCAACGGCGGGCCCGGCUGCUCCUCCGUCGGCUAUGGCGCGUCCGAGGAGGUCGGCCCCUUCCGCAUCCGGCCCGACGGGAAGACGCUCUACCUCAACAAGCAUUCCUGGAACAAGGCGGCCAACUUGCUCUUCUUGGAGUCGCCGGCCGGCGUGGGCUUCUCCUACUCCAACACGACGAUGGAUCUGUACACGGGGGGAGACGCCAAGACAGCACUGGACGCCUACGCCUUUCUCGUGAACUGGCUCGAGAGAUUCCCACAGUACAAGUACAGGGAAUUCUACAUUGCUGGAGAGAGCUAUGCAGGGCAUUAUGUUCCUCAGCUAGCCAAGCUCAUAUAUGAAAAGAGCAAGGGCAUUCAGAAUCCAGCAAUUAACCUCAAAGGAUUCGUGGUGGGGAAUGCGGUUACGGAUGACUACAAUGACUAUCUUGGCACAUUUGAGUACUGGUGGAGUCAUGGCCUCAUCUCUGACAGCACUUACCACAACUUGAAGAAGACAUGCUUGUUUGAUUCCUCAGAGCACCCUUCCCCUGAAUGUGUCAAGAACCUGAACCUGGCUAGUUCCGAAGAAGGCAACAUCGACCCUUAUAGCCUGUAUACAAAGCCCUGCAAUAGCUCAGCCUCUCUCAAACUUGGCCUCGGAGGACGCUAUCCUUGGUUGUCCAGAGCUUAUGAUCCUUGCACCGAAAGAUAUUCAAAUAUAUACUACAAUCUGCCAGAAGUACAGACGGCGUUGCACGCUAACACAACUGGAAUUAAAUACCCUUGGAAAACUUGCAGUGAUAUUGUCGGAUCGUAUUGGGCGGAUUCCCCCAGAUCUAUGCUUCCAAUCUACCAUGAGCUAAUUGCAGCUGGUAUCAGGAUAUGGGUAUUCAGUGGGGAUACAGAUGCUGUGGUUCCUAUAACUGCAACAAGAUAUUCCAUAAGCGCUCUCAAGCUACCAACGCUGAUGAAUUGGUACCCUUGGUAUGACCACGGGAAGGUUGGAGGUUGGAGUCAGGUUUACAAAGGACUAACCCUCGUCACCGUAGCAGGUGCAGGGCAUGAGGUACCUCUGCACCGGCCUCGACAAGCAUUAAUACUAUUCAGACACUUCUUGAAGGACACACCAAUGCCCACUCAAUAGCGACUUGAAGCAAAUGAUAGUGUAAACUAUGAAAAUCAUAUUCACCGUUUUUUCACAUUCUUUUUUUGUUUGAUUUGAUCAUUACAACAUUUUAAUUCAGUUAUCUCUAUUGAAAAUGUAUGUAUCUUAGCUAAUAGGGGAAACUGACAUUUGUACUACUGCAGCUAAAAGAGCUCCUUGUAUAUGAUAUAGUGAUUAUUUGAGAAGUACAAUUUCCAGAUUUA